GGCUGGAGGCCAGGGGAGUGGCUUUAUGGAGCUGGAAUAUAAUGGCAGGAGGGAGGCCAGGGCUGGCGCUGGCUCCGCACUAUUGCAAGGAGGCCGUGAGGGGGAGGUCCAAUACGGUCCAGCUGAGAAGGAUGGACUAUGCCAUGAAGUCCCUGAGCCUUCUGUCCCCUAAGUCCUUGUACAGGCACGUGGCAGUGAGCACGGCGGUGGUGACCCAGCAGCUGCUGUCGGAACACAGCGCGGAGGCCCGGGCACCGGCCCGGCCCUGCCGAGUGAGCACAGCCGAUCGGAAGGUGCGCAAAGGCGUCACGGCCCACAGCUUGGAGGAUCUCCUCUGCAAGGUCCGGGACGUCUUCAAGCUGAAAGGCAAGCCCUUCUCCCUGGUGCUGGAGGAAGAUGGCACCUUGGUAGAGACAGAAGACUAUUUCCAAGCCCUGGCAGGGGACACAGUAUUCAUGCUCCUCCAAAAGGGGCAGAAAUGGCAGCCCCGGUCAGAGAAGGGGACUAGGUACCAACUCGCCCGCUCUCACAAGCCGAGUAAGAAGAUGGAUGUGGCCCGCAUCACCUUUGACCUGUACAAGCUGCAUCCGCAGGACUUCAUUGGCUGCCUGAACGUGAAGGCGACCCUCUAUGACACCUACUCCCUGUCCUACGAUCUCCACUGCUACCGGGCCAAGCGCAUCGUGAAGGAAGUGAUUCGCUGGGUGCUCUUCAGCAUGCAGGCCACAGGCCACAUGCUGCUGGGCACCUCCACGUACAUGCAACAGUUCCUGGAUGCCACGGAAGAGGGGCAGCCCGCCAAGGCGCCCUCCCUCAUCCCCGCCUGUCUGAAGAUACUACCCUGAAGGCCCAGCGCCCGGGAGGCCUGCCCCGGCCGAGACCUGAGCCGGCACCCUGUGCUCGGCUCGCUGGGAGCACCCACAAGCCCGGCAGCUGAACAGCUCACCUCCCCACGCCUGCCUCACCGCACCGGACCGUGCAGGCAGAAGGCAGGCCCGGAACCUGGGCGGCCUUACUGCUGAAAUUCUAGUUCCUGACCUGACCCAGUUCCUUCCUUCCGGCUUCAGGUCGCUAAGCUGAUCAAGGUUGGCCACUGGCAAGCUACGUCACGUUCACGUGCAGUCCUUUCGUUCCGCUCUGUCCUUCCUGCUCUCUACCCAGAAUGCUCACGUGACUCGUUGAGCCAAGAAUGCAUGAUACUGGAGUUUGCAAUAAAUUAUUAGUGCUGAUA